CUCAAGAUAAAAUUCCCAACAAUCCCUAGUCACAGUCCUUCUAAAAGGUAUGCAGAAUCUAGGACAAGUAAGUGACAUAAAAUAUUUGAAACCCAAGUAUUCAACAAACCUAAAAGGUAACUCAUCCACAAUAAUCAUAUAAGCCAAUCCUUUCCUUAUAGCGGCUUGGUCAAACUUCCAGCUCCCUAACACUACUUCAUCACUCUCUCCUAAUCCAACUGUAUUUGUAUUCAACAGUUGUUGAGCAGUACCGUUUCUAUCACCGCAUGGUUUUUCCAUAUGUCCGAGAAGUACACUUGUUCCAUUUCUACUCGAUUUAGAUUGAUAAAUCUUCCCGCAUUUGAUACAUGAUGCCUUGAAUCUUUUAUCCGUCACAUGCCUCUUGAAUUGAACCCAUACUUUUGAUGUAAGCUUCCUGCCUUUUCCCUUCGGUGACUUAAUUUGAGUUGCAGUUGAACCAAUAUCAGCAGCACCCACACUACUUGUACUUGCAUCCACUUCGACUUCCAUAUCUUCCCCACUUAAGGACUCCAUUGCAACAUCAUCAUAUUCAACCUAAACAAUGACAAAGUGAUAAAGUAAAUUGAGCAGAUAACAACAUAGUAUCAGCAGCAACAAUAAUAAUUAUCAUGGCUAUUAAACAACCAGCUCCCAUGAGGUAAAAAAGUAAAUUAAUCCCAAACCCAUUUGAUCAAUUUGCUCUGGUUUCUUUAUGUUGUUGGAGUUUUCUUAACAGGAGAAUGUGGGGAAAAGUUUGCAAGAUAGGAGGAACAAGAUACCCACUAAAAUUAGUGGAGAGACUGAUGAAAUCCCACUUUUCUACAGCGACAUUAUGCCACUCCUUGUAAGUAGUUGCUUCAUUUCACUUGGUUAAGGGUGAUGGGCAGGAAGGGGUUUCGAGCCGGUUGUUUGGAUGGGAACAAUGGUGCCAUUAGCUCUGGAUUUUGUGAAUGGGAGGUUCACAUUCGAGACUCUUACAGCGCCCACUGCCCACCGCCUUUUCUACCCUGCAUACGACAAGUUCUUGAAAGAAAUUGACCAGUUAAGCUUGUCAUCUAAACCUCAACUAGUUCUACAAUCUCUUGUCACCAUAACCUAUUUAUGUUGAUCCACAAAGAAUCUUCAGAAGCAAUUUGUAAACAACCCCAAAUGCUACAGAGUCAAAACUCCACCUUCAACAACCCCAACCAUCCACCAUAUAAGUAAACACACACAUCAAAUCCCGCUUAAGAAUGUAACCAUAGUCAAGAAACUCACCUCACUAGAUACCGAUGCUUGAGCUCGUUUUCCCUGCGAGCUUUUUGAUUUCAUUUUGCAGAUAAUAUCUUCUUUUUACCAACUGCUUGAUAUCGAAUUUGAAAUCUUUUAAUUACCCUCGCUGUGACAGUGCACUUAAACCAAAAUUUGAAACCUUCAGGUUUCCAAAUGCAUCUAAUAACAUAUUUUAUGCAUUAACAAGUUGCUGGAAGUACCAAUACUGCAUCAGAGUACUAAUGAAGGAAAUAGCUCUGCAGAUUAUCACAUGGGUUUAAUUGGUUUUUGAUGUUUUACGACUCUAAUCAGAACUAAGUACCCUGGAGAUAAUAUACGACUCUAAUCAAUCUACCAUAUUUUACCUAAUAUCUAGACUCUAAUCAAUCCACCAAGCCUAGUAGGAAACCCACGAAGGGGCAAAGGGUUCGGCGGGUCGGUCAGUGAGAGUGUGAGACCGAUUAAGGUAAAGAGGAGGGAGAAAGAGAGUACCAGAGGAAUCGUCGGCGCUGGCCCUCUAGAUGAAAAGACCGAUUAAGGAAAAGGGGCAAAGGGUUCAGCUGGUCGAGACUCUAGAGGAAACGUCAACGCUGGCCCUCUCGCCUAUUGGUGGUGGGCGACAUCAAGAGGGACGAAUAGAUCGACGAAGGCAAGAACAGAUCGGGAGUCGGGAUGGAGGAAUCGUCGACGCUGGAGCUAUCGCCUCUUAGUGGUGCACGACGUCGUCGAGAGGCACGAAUAGAUCGACGUCGUCAGGUAGGUAGUCGGGAUGGAGGAAUCGUCGGCGUCGGUGCUGGAGCUAUCGCCUCUUAGUGGUACGCGACGUCGAGAGGGAGGAAUCGUCGAUGGCGCCGCCGACAAGGCUUGCUCUUGUGGUAAGGCUUGCUGUGUGGUAACUGGUAAGUGGUAAUGGUAUGAACUGAGAAUCCCUCGCUGAGCUGGGUAGGGAUUUAGUGGUUUGCGGUUUUGAACCGCAACCGCGCAGGUUCGAUCGACCCGUACCACAAAACUGCGAACCGCUUAAGAUUAGACCGCAAAUAAAAUCGCAAUCUUAAUGAUGCGGUUUGGAUUGACCGCAUAAGCGAUUUGGAGCGGGUUUGGAGCGGUUUGGCAACAGCGAUUGCAGCCGUAACGUUUGCAGCAGUCUUCACCAUCAUGAUGAUGGGAGGCACGAGAAUGCUGAGAAGGAAGCCGGGUUUCCAACUGUACGUGAUGGCCAACUCCCUGACGUUUGGCUUGUCGACUGCGUCGAUGUUUGUCUACUUUGUGGGGUUGUUGGGAGCUGGACCGAGGAGGGAUGGCGCCGCCGCGGCUGUGAAGUUGACGAAUUACGCGGAGUUGUUCGGCCAAUGGUCGGUUUACGGGAUGGUGGUGGCGUUUGCUGCGGGGACGGCGGUGGUGUGUGGUGGUGAAGAGCUGGCGGUGUUCGCCGUUGCUUCCGUUGCAACAGGGUGUUGUUGUUUCCUUUUGGGGCCUUUUGUAUAUGGUUUAACCUUUCACGGUGGUGUGUGAUCGACUUGGAAGUAGAAGUAGAAGAAGGGUUUCAGUUUCAUGUGUGUAAGUUGUGUAUCUUUAAUAAAUCUACUAAAUUUAAUAGAAAUUAUGUGUUCAAGUCUUGAUAAUUUUCAGUGCAAUGUUUGUCUAAAACAUAUAAAAUAUAAUGGACCUUCCAAACUUCAAGUAAUUCACAGUGAUCAAACAUUUUGUUCAAGAUAUAUGCAUGGAAAGUACUACAAUAUUUAUUUUUGAAAAUCUCCUAAUAUCUUGAAUUUUUAUAACAAACUAAUUCUAGACGGAAAGAGGCGAUUAAGAGAUUUUGUUAGAUUAAACACAGCCACCUAAAAAUGAGAAAUAAUUAGAUGUACUACCUUAACCAAAAAUAUUUGUCAAACACAUGAAUUUCACUCAUCCAGUUUACAAAAUAUUAUCGAAAUGCAUUCCCUUGAUUGUUGGUCUCGAUAUUUGAAUAUAGAGUGUGGUGGAGCAUCAAGUAGUAAAAUGAAAUUCUCUUU